AUGGCGGAUCUUAAUGACAGCGAUGAUGACAAACAACACUUGACAGACGACAAUGGUGCGGACUGGGAGACUGCGCCCGAGGAUUUUGAAGUUUGUAGUGAUGACGCCUUAUCUGAUCGAUCCAAAGAUAAUGGCCAUAGUGACGGUGAUUUUGAGGAUGCGUGGCUGGACGACUAUCUAUUAGAUGCUGCCGACUCAAUGGCAUCGAAAAAGUUGGAAGAUGAAAAUGAAUCAAUUCGCUCGCUUCAGUCAAGGCGAGCUUUUAUGUCAAAGGUAGAGGAACUGAAGACAACACCAUCUCUUAUGGUAGUUGAUGCCACCGGUAAACCCGUUUUAAGUCUAUCGUCUCCGAAACUCGCAGGAUUUAAAGCUUUAGAAUCUAAUGGCUUUAUGUCUGAACAAAUCAAAGGACAACGUUCAGAGUCUUGUGCACCAGCUUUAAUUCAUCCGAUCGCGGACACAAUUUCCCUUAAUGAAACUGGUAAAAGUAGCUCGUUGUCGAGAAUUUCGCUGACACCAUUGUCUCCAUCAAGUUUACCAUACAAAAGAGCAAACACCCUUUGCUUUAGUCCCCCGUCAGUCACGACGACAAAAUUUUUCUUGAGCAAAGACUACAUAUCCUCAGGUAUGACUCGACCACCGCAAGUAUCGGAUUUGGAUGACACGACAAAGCGAACCUCAUUGCGCUAUUUAGAUGAAUGGAAGCGCAAGGAGAUGUGGCAAGACUUGAAACGCGCAGAAGAGAAUCUAGUGACUUCGAGUUGUAGCAGCAAUAGCGAUGAGCUUUCACCUUCUAGCUUGUCAAAGUCCAAGUCAACAGCAACGGACGGUCGUUUCGACGACAUUAUCACGACACUUCAAUCAGAACUUGCGUUGCCAUUAAGCCACGGAGACUCGUUGGCUCAGCAGCAAAACGGGCACUUUCUGGACAAUACUUCUAUGUCUGAGAAUUUGUUGACUGCAAACGUUCCCAGUGAAGACACGCACGAAGGUAAACCUUCGGUCACACCUCAGACAUCAGUUGUGUCUUCCAUGACCAACUCCUUGUUAUCUUCGCAACCAAUGUUUACUACUAUCACUGACCUCUCACCUCAAUCGCCUUUGACUCCUGUUUUAUUAUCGCGAUUCGAGCAAUUGCAAGUCGAAACUCAACAUCUGCAGCGAAAUUUGCAGCAGAAAAAUCAAACUUUGCAAAACGAAAACCAAUUGCUACGAGCCGAGAUCGAGAAGGUUCGAGACGAUUCAGCGGAUGACCACAAAUGUAUCAAAGAUCAGACUCUAAAGUUUAAGCAAUUAAAUGAAAGGAUAAAGCAGCUUAAUGAGAAACUGAUUCACUUGGAUGCCGUUGAGCGAGAGAAUCGUCAGCUUAAAGAAAUGACGCAAAAUCGCGACAUUCAGGCUGUGAGCACCAACGAGUUUGUCAAGACACUUAGCGAUCAGCUGGCACUCACCACCAAGAGUGAAGAACAAUUAAAGCUGCAGAUAAAGCAGCUCUUGGAGCAAAAUCACUCGCUGCAGACAGAUCUAUUGGAGAAGAUUGCGUGUGAGACGACCAAAUUUCAAAAUCUGGCAAAAUUGUCGGCUGAAAAUGAGUCGCUUACUAAGGAAUUAGUGCGAAAAGACCAUGUUUCGAAGGAGAGCGAAUUUGCCGAACGUCGGCGUUUGCAAUGUCUGGUGGUUUAUGGACUUUUGCGCUUGAAGAGACAAGAUACGCUUCGUUCUGUGGUUUUCAAGUGGUCCCGAUUUACCCAAAUUACGACCUUAGCCCUUACACGAGCAUUGACUCUGAUAUACCAUGCUAGUCACGAUUGUGUCGUAAAACUCAAAGCUGCAGCUUUUAGAAAGCUUUGCCUUGCCGCAAGAAACUUUAAUCAUGAGUCAAUUUUGUUAAAAUUUCAAUGGAGUCUUGAUGCCGCAAAGAAAGACAAUAGAGCACAUUGCAUAAUGCUUGGUAUGACGCACCUGAACCGGCUCCUGGAUAAUUGUGAACACAGGCAGACAGCAAGAUCGUUCUCAACAUGGAGAAGCAUCCGGCAUGUGCAUGUUGUCCAGUCUAGAUCGUUUGAAUUAGGAUUGACAAAAUUAAGGCUGCUUUUGAAUGGUCAGAAGAAAGUGGCCAGUCGAAAAGCGUUGUUGAUGCUACAUUUUAAAGCAGCACACGACAGAAAGAAUGGCGGUCUCGAGCGUUUGCAUCAAGCUGAAAAAAACUUGACUGAGUCAAAAGAGUGUAUCUUCUCAUUAUCCCGCGCGAAGGUAAAGCUGGAAGAUAAACUUCAAUCAUCAUGUAAUGAUGUCCAACGCCUCGCUGAAAAGGUGGUGAAAAACGCAUCAGAGCUGCAGCUUGCAAAGCACUCAUAUGUCGCAACCGUCAUUCGUGAUAUUGACCGUAAAUGGUUACGAUCUUUGUUAUCGCAGUGGCGAAUACAAACAGUAGAGUCUAUUGCUGUUCGUGAGCUCCAAUCGCAUGUUAAACUGGUAGAGCUGAAAGCGGCAGAGCAAGAAAAGUAUUCUAAAUCGUUGGAUGAUUGUAAUCGUGUGCUGCGCAGCGACCUUGAGCGUUUUCAAUUUUUCUCGCUGGAUAAACAGAUUACUGUGGAUGCCCUAUCUAAAAAAUUGCUGCGUGAAGAAGAGCGCUAUCGCCGCAUGGAAGAGCGUAAUGUUAUGCUUGAAGAGAAAGCUAACGCUUUGAAAACUCAAUUGGCUUCAUAUGUGGAAUCUGAUGGCCUUGUCCUGCCGUUAAACUUGCUUGUCUUGUGCAAAGAUGUCGCGAUGAGUAAUCUUCGCGAACUUUUUCAAUUGUACGCAACAUCCGACAGUGCUGUUGCUGUCGACGUAGGUCGCAUUGGUGAUAGAUCGAAGGAUGUAAAUUUAUCGCCUCGGUUAGCCUUGGCCUCAUUUGUUCGUAUGCUCGAGUGUUCAUCACUACUUCAGGAAAAUGUUGUUCAACGGGAGUCACUUGCGGAACAUUUGGCCAAAAGCCUCCCGUCAUACGCAGUGGAGAGUGGCCUUCUCUUUGCAGAUUUUAUAAAUGGUCUGAAUGAGUAUCUCACCAAAACCUUUUUGGAUAGUAAACUGAAGCACGAACAGCUAAAACGUUUUUGGGCAAGUCUACUCUUCCUUCUUGAAGCAUUUUAUGGUCGCAGAUGUGGCGCCGCUGAAGCAAAAGUAUUUAGGGGUGUCAAUGUCAGCGGGACUAGUGGUAAUGGUCCCACUUUGCUGUUAUGUCCUUCACGUGCCUCGUGGGCGGGUCGCCUCAGCGACGACAUUCUUCAAAACCGAGAUAAGCUGCUAGCGGUGCUCGAACAUGAGACUGCAGUUGUCGAACGCGCUGUUAUGGAGAAAGCCUCUUUGAAACACACUUAUCAGACAAGUGAAUUAACAUUGACAGGAAGCGUAAGUAGCUCGCCAUUUGUUGAGUACCAAUGUGAUCCGCUUCUUCCGCCAGGAUCACCGUCGCACUCUUUCGGUGCAAUAGAAAGUGAAAAUACAACCAAUUUAGCUUUGCAUGAUGCAGGCUCCAACUUUACAUCCAGUGAAGCAACGCAUGGAAUCUCAAUGGAAGUGUAUUCAAACUGGCAUCUCAUUCCUCAAGUGCGCGACCUUUUUCUCGCUCUUCGCACAUCGACGCUCAAACUUGUUGUUCAAUAUUCUAGUGGACAACACUCUGCUGCACUUGGAAGCCAGCAUUAUCUUCUCUUGACUGCAGUUAUUCGUAUGCUCACUGAUUUUAAACUACAUCCAACAAUUUUAACCAGAGAACGCGUUCAGUCCCUGUUUAAUAGAUUCCGCGUGGCAAGUGAUAUUGAAGGUGGCUUUCUCACACCACAGGGCUUUAGCUUUCUCCUUGGUUCUUGUGCAUUUGAGCUAUAUGCAAGAUCGCUGACAAGCAGCCAGAAGAAGCCUCAUCCAAUUCUUUCAGCUCGCGAAAUUUUAUUGACUUUCUUUGGUGACUUAGGCUUACUCGCUGAGAGCGAUAUUUUUAUAGAUGCGAGAUUGUUCAUUGUAGGGAUCGAUGCUGAGGCGAUCCUCUGGCCUCUAUUCGAGUACUAUGCAAACGCUGCAGAUUCAGCACCCAACAAAGAAGGCAACACCUCACGAAUUGGAAUUAAUGUCAUCGCAUUCGAUCGAUUCAUGAUGGACAUUGGUGGAAAGCUUGCAGAGGACCCACGCACGCUUUUUUGUCGAGUGAUGCAAAAUUCGAGCAAAUAUGGAGUAAAAGAGGAUCUCGAGCACUGGAGAAUGCGUUUAGACGAAUUCUACGUUGCCAUAUCUUACAUACAAAACGAACGAAGCCCAGGUACAGCAUACGCAAGACCAGGUGAAGCAGUGCGACAGUGGCUGAAGCAAUCGCAAGAAGGCAGUUGCAACGAAAACGGUGCUCAAACUUAG